AUGUGUUUCAAGACACCGCGAUUAGAGACGCAGCUUCUAAGUCUGAACUCGUCCUCGGUCUCUCCCAGACCCGCCGCCUCCGGUCUCGAAGACGCCCGGCAGCCGGCUCAGCCCCAGGCGGGGAGCAACCUGGCCGGCCCGGCGGGCGAAAACCCAGAGCACUCGGCCGGGUCGCCCAGGGCAUCCCCGCGGCUGGGGGCGGAAGGCGAGCCGGGCCGCAGGAAGGGUCAGCCGGGUCCGAGCUCCGCCCAGCUGGCUCGCAGGCCACGCGGUGAAUGGCAGCGGCGGAGGGCGCGGUGCCAGCGGAGAGGGGCGGAGCCGCGGGCGCUGGUUGGCGCGGGCUCGGAGGCGGGGCGCGCGGGGCGGGGCCGGAGGCGGGGUCGCUGCCGGGCGCUGGAGCUGCGGGCGCGCGGAGAGGAGUCGCGAGCAGCUGGAGCGGAGUUGGAGGAAGCGGCGGCUUACGGGUGGCAGCGGGUUGGAGACGGCGAGCUCGGGUCGCGAACGGCUGGCGGAUCUGAGCUGGGUCAGGGGCUCAUCGGAGCCGUGCGCGCCAGAGGCUGCCGGUGCAGCCUGGGCCCAGCAGAGGAAGGAAGCCGGCCGGCCGGGGAGGUGCAGCUCGCAUGCGGCGUGCCACGGUCAAGUCAGGCGACAGAUGGGCAGCGUGACGAGAGCGUCAGAAAGGAUCGGGCCUCGCCGGGGGCGUCAGCCUGGAGUCGGCGUGUUGACGAGUCGCUGAAGAGGAAGCCGGUGGGGGGACCGCGGCCACAGAGGAGGAGAGCCUUGACUUGA